AUGGGUAAUCGGAUCACGGGUCGGGUCUCUGCAGUCGUUCUCUGGUUUCUUCUAGCGAUCUCAUCAGCGCACUCCUUCUAUCUUCCAGGCGUUGCACCUCGCGACUUUACAAGAGGGGAUGAACUUCAAGUCAAAGUGAACAAGCUUUCUUCUACUAAGACACAACUUCCAUAUGAUUUCUAUUACUUAAAAUACUGCAAGCCGAAAAAAAUCAGUAAUGUUGCUGAGAACUUGGGAGAAGUUCUGCGGGGUGACCGUAUUGAAAAUUCAGUUUAUACUUUUCACAUGAGAGAUGAACAAACCUGCACAGUGGCUUGUAAAGUUAAGCUUGACGCUCGAGCAGCAAAAGAUUUUAAAGAGAAAAUUGAUGAUGAGUACAGAGUCAAUAUGAUUUUGGAUAACCUUCCAGUAGCUAUGCUUAGGCAAAGGCGUGAUGGAAGCUCAACGACAACUUAUGAGCAUGGUUUUCGUGUUGGUUUCAAGGCGAAUUAUGCCGGGAGCAAGGAGGAGAAAUAUUAUAUCCACAACCACUUGAGCUUCAGAGUAAUGUAUCAUAGAGAUCAUGAGACUGAUUCUGCUCGAAUCGUGGGGUUUGAAGUUACUCCAAUCAGCAUUAACCACGAGUUCAAGGAAUGGGACGAGAAGAACCCAAAGGUAACAACAUGUAACCCAAACACCAAGAACAUAGUACAGGGCGGUGCAAUACCACAGGAAGUCGAUAAGGACAAGGAGGUCAUAUUUACAUAUGACGUUACUUACAAGGAAAGUGAAAUCAAGUGGGCCUCACGCUGGUACACUUACCUCUUAAUGAACGAUGAUCAAAUCCACUGGUUUUCUAUCAUCAACUCAUUGAUGAUCGUGCUCUUCCUCUCGGGCAUGGUGGCCAUGAUCAUGAUGAGAACCCUUUACAGAGACAUUGCAAACUACAACCAACUAGAUUCCCAGGAUGACGCCCAGGAGGAAACAGGCUGGAAGCUUUUGCAUGGAGACGUUUUCCGGGCCCCUGUAAAUUCAGGGCUUCUUUGUGUUUACGUGGGGACAGGUAUCCAGCUUUUUGGGAUGACGCUCGUGACAAUGAUCUUCGCCUUGUUGGGUUUUCUCUCUCCUUCCAACCGUGGUGGGCUCAUGACGGCUAUGGUCCUUUUGUGGGUCUUCAUGGGAUUAUUCGGUGGCUACACAUCUGCUCGUCUCUACAAAAUGUUCAAGGGCACGGAAUGGAAGAGAAAUACGUUAAAAACGGCUUUCAUGUUUCCUGGCAUCCUUUUCGGUGUGUUUUUCGUACUGAAUGCUCUUAUCUGGGGAGAAAAAUCGUCCGGGGCCGUGCCCUUUGGCACGAUGUUUGCUCUCGUGUGCUUGUGGUUCGGAAUAUCGGUACCCUUGGUGUUUGUUGGUAGUUAUUUGGGUUUUAAAAAGCCCGCGAUUGAGGAUCCCGUGAAAACCAACAAGAUCCCGAGGCAAAUACCUGAGCAGGCCUGGUACAUGAAGCCCGUGUUGUCUGUGCUCAUAGGGGGCGUUCUACCAUUCGGGGCCGUUUUUAUUGAAUUGUUCUUUAUAUUGACGUCCAUCUGGCUGAACCAGUUCUAUUACAUAUUUGGGUUUCUGUUCAUAGUGUUUGUGAUUUUGAUCAUCACUUGUGCCGAGAUCACUAUCGUCCUCUGCUACUUCCAGCUGUGCAGUGAGGACUACAAUUGGUGGUGGAGGGCCUACCUAACUGCUGGGUCCUCAGCUUUGUACCUUUUCCUCUACUCAAUUUUCUACUUUUUCACUAAGCUAGAUAUAACGAAGGCCAUUUCUGGUAUUUUAUACUUUGGGUAUAUGCUGAUUGCGUCUUACGCUUUCUUUGUGCUUACGGGGACGAUUGGCUUCUAUGCGUGCUUCUGGUUCGUCCGAAAGAUCUAUUCAUCCGUGAAGAUCGAUUGA